AUGGCAGUCCCGAGCGCGCUGAACGGGCAGAAGGUCGAUGCGCAGGGCGAUGACUCCGAGGGCAUUUUCGAGAUCCGGCACCGGGAGAUCAUGACCCGUCUGGAUGACUUGUUCCGACAGCAGGAAAGGCUCCUUGAAGACAGUGCGGCCGAGAGAUCGCAUCCGAUCCCCAUGGUGGCGAAACAGUCGCUUGGCGGAAGGGCCCUCCACUCGCGACAACUCGUCGGAGCUCUUCGACAGGAGGGAGGCGAUUCCUACGAGCUGGCGAAGGAGCUCUCCUACGAGCCCAAACCCGGCAGUCGCCGAGUCAAGCGGCAGGGCAACAAGCCAGCGGAUAACAACCGCCCGGCGGAGAAAGCGCAGCACAGGCCACCGUCGCACCAUCCGCCGGAGACCAAAGUCCAGCAGUUCGUCCACUCCUGGGGUUUCGAAGCCUUCUUUGCUGUAGUGAUCGUUUCUAACACCAUGGUCUUGGGCGUGCAGACGGCCUGGAUGGCGGAACACUUCGUCCACGGGGUUCCCGCCGUCUUCACGGUGCUGCAGGUGACCUAUGCGAGCCUCUUCUUUGUGGAGGUGGUUCUCCGGCUCUGCGCCGAUGGGGUCAGGACCUUUUUUUGCUCGCGGCCGUGGCUUUGGAAUCUGUUGGAUAUCUUCGUAGUGGUGAGCUCCGUCUUUGAGCUCGCCUACUCUGCGAUGGCAGGCUUUCAGACUAAUCCAGCCUCGACCACCGCUCUCCGGUUGGUGCGGAUAAUGAAGAUUGCGCGCCUGGUGCGGAUUGUCCGUGUGGCCGCAGUCUUGCGGUUCAUCCGAGCCCUGCGAAUCCUGAUCUUCUCCAUCAUGCAGACACUGAAAUCGCUUCUUUGGUCGCUGGUUCUUCUGUUUGUCAUCAUCUAUGCUUUUGCCGUAUUAUUUACAGAUGCUGCCGUCACCUAUCAGUACAUGAACGGGGAGAAUGCAGAGCUGUCCAGGAUGUUUGGCUCGUUGAUUGGCUCGAUGAGCACCCUGUUAAGGUCUAUCUCUGGGGGCAUGAACUGGCAAGGUCCCGCGGAUGCCUUGGGUCAGGUGGGAACGGAGUGGGAAAUCCUUUUCACGCUGUACGUGACAUUUAGCUGCUUCGCAGUUCUCAAUGUGAUGACGGGAGUGUUUUGCCACAGUGCGAUCACUGGCGCUGCCCAAGAUGAGCAUCUGAUGGUGCAGUCUCUCCUCCAGGAAAAGGAUCAAUUCCGCCAGAAGUUCGAACAGCUUUUCCAUGAGGUGGAUGAUGACGGCACGGGGCACAUCACUCUGAACGAGUUCGAGCGCCAUUUUAACGACGCCUCGCUGGCAGCACUCUUCGAAGCGCUUGACUUGCCCUCGACGGACGCCUGGAGCCUCUUCCAGACUCUGGAUGCGGAUGGCGACCACAUGAUCGAUGCGGACGAAUUCCUCGAUAGCUGCAUCCGCAUGCGCGGCCCCCCUCGCUCUGUGGACGUGUGCGCCAUCAAGCGACAAGCAAACAAGAUUCGGAGGCAAGUGAUGGACUUGGCAGAUGUGAUCGAAGACGUGAUGGAAGUGCAGGAGGACAUUCAUGACAACCUCCAGAGGACGAUCCGGCAGCAAGAAGUGCAGGGGAUGCCGGUGCUGUCUUACCAGCAGGUCUAG